GUGGGUGCCUGAAGAUGUUGUGCCCUGAGUCAUUGACUCAAAAGAAAAGAUGAUCCUUUGAUUUUGGCCCUCUGAUGUAUUGUGCCCAAGCCAGGAGCUGCUUGGGCAGUCCCAGCUCCACACUGGCCCUGAGCCCCUUCACUUACCUGUCUCUCCACAAGUAGAGCCAAAGGCAAUAGGAAGCUCAAUGUUGCUCGGUGGGUGAGAUCCAGACCCACUGGUGCAAUGUCUUAAAUACACAUGACUGUUUUUCUGCUCUUGUGGCCUCACUGUGCCCCAACACCUCAGGAGAGGGAGGGGCUGAGCUUCUGGCUCCACUAAUGCCCCCCUCGUUCUUGCUAACCAGCUUUGGGGACAGGGAGGCAGACUACUUGUGGGGGCAGGUCAGAGAAAAUCAGGGAUUCUGCCAGUCCCAGACUGAAAGUCAGCAGGUGAGUGUACCCAUUCCUCCCAUCCCCAGCUGGCAGGAUGUGGACUUCUGACAGUUACUGCAACCACCUGUGUCCUGCCUCACACAGUACCCUCAAACUAUUUCCCCUCCCUCCUGGUUCUUUUUCUUUUUCUUUUUUUUUUGAGAUGGAAUUUCGCUCUUGUCGCCCAGGCUGGAGAGUGCAGUGGUGCGAUCUCGGUUCACUGCAACCUCUGCCUCCCAGGUUCAAGUGAUUCUCCUGCCUCAGCCUCCCGAGUAGCUGGGACUACAGGCACCUGCCACCACGCCUGGCUAAUUUUUGUAUUUUUAGUUGGGACAGGGUUUCACCAUGUUGGCCAGGCUCCUGACCUCAGGUGAUCCACCCACCUUGGCCUCCCAAAGUGCUGGGAUUACAGGCAUGAACCACUGUGCCCACCCUGGUUCUUGUUUUUUGUGCUGGUGGCCGUGGAGGACUAAAAUUCCUGAGUCCGCUGAGUGCUGAGGCCCAACACGAGUGAGUGUGUAUGUGUGUGUGUGUGUUUGUGUGUGUGUGUGUAGGGCAAAAGACAUCCCCCAAGACCCUACAGAUGAGGAGUUAGUGGAUCAAACGAAAGGGAAACUGGGCAGGCCCAGAGGUCAAGUGGCUGACCCCAGUUCCCUGGGGAGCCAAUGGCAAAGUUGAUGAGAGCCUAGUCUCUGCCUCCCAGCAUAGUGCAUUUCCCACUGCCUUCCUACAGAAUCAUUCAUUCCUGUGUUUCUUCCUUGAACAAACAUUUAUUGAGCACCUCCUAUGUACCAGGCACAAGUCUACGUAGGGGCCAUAGAUUAUUUCAGCACAGCAUAAUGUACUCUCUGCUGUGGGAGCACUGGGUACUGUGGGAGCAUUGGGUACUGUGGGAACCUGAAAGAGGGGUUAGUCCCAUAACCUGGGGAGGUCAGCUGAGGCUUCCUGGCAGAGGUGAGGCUUGAGUAGAAUCUAGAAGCAUGGUUAGCAGACAAAUGGGGAAAGUGUUCAAGGCAGAGAAAGCAAGGGACAUGCAUGACAUAUUCUUGGCACCUCACCACCAAAGUGUGCUCUCAAGGUGGUGGCCAGAGAGGAAUUGGCAGGAGCAGGUCACAGUGGGCCUUGAGUCAUGUUAAGGAGUUUGGGCUUUGUCCUGAAGCUCGUGUGCAGAAAUGGAAGGAUUGUAAGCAAUUAGCAAGAUUGCUUUGUUUGCAGUUUGGCGCAUAAAUUGGAGGCCUAGCUUAGAAACAGCUGUGAUAAUCCAGGUGCGAAAGGAGGGUUUGCCUUACGCCACAGCAGUGGGACUGGAAGGGAGGCAAAGAGGCCAGAGAGAUCUAGCAGUCAGAUGGCCAGGCUUGGUGGCUUAUGCCUGUAAUCCCAGCACUUUGGGAGGCUAAGGGGACAGGAAUGCUUGAGCCCAGGAGUUUUAGACUAGUUUAUGCAACAUAGUGAGACCCACCUUUUUACAAAAAAUUUUUAAAAUUAGCUGGGUGUGUAGUCCCAGCUAUUCAGGAGGCUGUGAUAGGGAGGCUGAGGUAUGGUGGAUCUCUUGAGCCCAGGAAGUCAAGGCUGCAGUGAGCUAUGAUCACACCACUGCACUCCAGCCUGGAUGACAGAGCGAGACCGUGUCUCAAUAAAGAAAUUAAAUUAAUAAAUAAAUGUUAGCAUCUUGAGCUCUUGGAGAGCAAGUGGAGGCGGCUGAUAAGAGAAAGGAAGGUGAGGCCGGGCACGGUGGCUCACGCCUGUAAUCCCAGCACUUUGGGAGGCCGAGUUGGGUGGAUCACAAGGUCAGGAGUUUGAGACCAGCCUGGCCAACAUGGUGAAACCCAGUCUCUACUAAAAAUACAAAAAUUAGCCAGGCGUGGUGGCGGCGCCUAUAAUCCCAGCUACUCGGGAGGUGAGGCAGGAGAAUUGCUUGAACCUGGGAGGUGGAGGUUGUGGUGAGCUGAGGUCACACCACUUCACUCCAGCCUGGGUAACAGAGGGAGACUCCGUCUAAAAAAAAAGAAAAAAAAAAAAAGAGAGAGAGAGAGAAAGAGAGGUGGCCAGGUGUGGUGGCUCAUGUCUGUGAUCCCAGCACUUUGGGAGGCCGAGGCGGGCGGAUCACCUGAGGUCAGGGGUUCAAGACCAGUUUGGCCAACAUGGCAAAACCCUGUCUCUACUAAAAAUACAAAAAUCAGCCGGGUGCAGUGGCACACGCCUCCAGCUACUCUGGAGGCCAAGCAGGAGAAUCGCUUGAACCCAGGAGGCGAGGCUGUGGUGAGCUGAGAUCACACCACUGCACUCCAGCCUGGGUGACAGAGCAAGACUGUCUCAAAAAAAAAAAAAAAAAGGGAGUGACUGCUGAUGGUGGUCUUCUCAGCAAAAGCAGGUAAAAAAAAACCAAAGAAGUUAGGGGCAGAAGUGAUCAGUCCAUCUUUGGUCAAAGUGGGUUUGAGGUUCCUGUGGGACAUUCAAGAAGAGAAGCAGAGGCUGGGCGUGCUGGCUCAUGCCUGUAAUCCCAGCACUUUGGGAGGACCAGGUGGGCAGAUCAAUUGAGGUCAGGAAUUCGAGACCAGACUGGGCAACAUGGUGAAACCUCAUCUCUACUGAAAAUACAAAAAUUACCUGGGUGUAGUCGUGGGCGCCUGCAAUCCCAGCUACUCAAAAGGCUGAGGCAGGAGAAUUGCUUGAACUCGGGAGGUGGAAGUUGCAGUAACUGAGAACACGCCACUGCACUCCAGCCUGGGUGACAGAGCGAGACUCUAUCUCAAAAAAAAAAAAAAAAAAAAGAGAGAGAAGAGGAAAAGACAGCUGGGUACAUGGUCUGGAGCUCCACAGAGAGGUCUGGAGUGGAGUCUGAUGUUUUGAAUUAAGGUCAGGUAUUAUUAACUCCAGUUUACAAAGUUCAGAGAGGUUAAACUAUUUGACCACAGUUAUACAGCCAUGAGGCAAGGAUUUGAACUCAGAUAUAUAGAUGUCAAGUUCUGUGGUGCCUUUGACCCCCAAGUUCAGUGCUAAUUCCCUUGUCCCAGGAUGCAUCAGCUUCUGCAAAGGUGGGGGCUGGGGGUUUGAGAAGGAGGAAGCAGGUGUCUGAGUGUAUUUGUGCCCCAUGUGCCUUCUGCCUGAAAUUGCAUUUGCAGCCCGGACACGGUGGCUCAUACCUGUAAUCCCAGCACUUUGGGAGGUCGAGGUGGGUGGAUCACUUGAGGUCAGGAGUUCGCAACCAGCCUGGCCAACAUGGUGAAACCCCCAUCUCUACUAAAAAUACAAAAAUUAGCCGGGCGUGGUGGUGGGCGCCUGUAAUACCAGCUACUUGGGAGGCUGAGGCAGGAGAAUCGCUUGAACCCGGGAGGGGGAGGUUGCAGUGAGCUGAGAUGGAGCCACUACACUACAGCCUGGGCGAUGGAGGGAGACUCUGUCUAAAAAAAAAAAAAACAAAAGAAAAGAAAUUGCAUUUGCCUGGAACUUGCAGGAAAGGCAUUUCUAGCUGGCUUGGAGAUAGCGAGAGAUGGGGGCAGAUUCUUGUUUCUUGGUAAUCAGAAGCUCUCAAUUAACUCUGGCUACACCAUCAGCAAGUUAGUGGUUGUCCAUGUGUGAGGAUUUCGACAACCAUGAAGUCAGCCGAGACCAGGCAGGAACCGAGGGACUGGGGACUUCUGCUACCUGGGACCCUUUGUUUCCUUCCCUGACUAGCUGCUCCUGUUUUUGCAGUGGGUUCUGUCCCAGAAUGAGGUGAUGUGGGAGAGGCCCAGGUCCUAUGUGUGGCUUAAGGUUUCCACUGUUCUACACUAAAGAGAACUAGGCUGAGGCCACCAUGGUCCAGGGACAAGGGGCUGUCCCAGUUCAGUAUCUUAGAGAAAAAUUUUGUCUUAGCUCCAAUAAUCUUUUUGUGUCCAGAGUUGGUUCCUGCUGGUGGGGUUCGUGGUCUCGCUGACUUCAAGAAUGGAGCCGCGGACCUUCGCGGUGAGUGUUACAGCUCUUAAAGAUGGCACGGACCCAAAGAUUAAGCAACAGCAAGAUUUAUUGUAAAGAGCAAAAGAAUGCAAUAGAACUAAAGCUUCCACAGCAUGGAACGGGACCCGAGCACAUUGCUGCUACUGGCUGGGAGGUGGCCAGCUUUUAUUCCCUUAUUGGCCCCGCCCAUGUUCUGUUUCUGUCCUAUCGGAGUGUGCUUUUUUCUUUUUCUUUUUUUUUUCCUUUCUUUUCUUUUCUUUUUUUUUUUGAGAUGGAGUCCCACUCUGUUGCCCAGGCUGGUGUGCAAUGGCCCGAUCUUGGCUCACUGCAACCUCUGCCUCCCGGGUUCAAGCAAUUCUCCUGCCUCAGCCUCCUGAGUAGCUGGGAUUACAGGUGGGCACUACCACGCCCAGCUAAUUUUUGCAUUUUUAGUAGAGAUGGGGUUUCACCAUGUUGGUCAGGCUGGUCUCAAACUCCUGACCUCGUGAUCCGCCCCACUCGGCCUCCCAAAGUGCUGGGAUUACAGGCCUGAGCCACUGCACCCUGCCAGAGUGCCCUUUUUUUCAAUCCUCCCUGUGAUUGGCUACUUUUAGGAUCCUGCUGAUUGGUGCGUUUUACAGAGUGCUGAUUGGUGCAUUUUCCAGAGCACUGAUUGGUGCAUUUUACAAAGCACUGACUGGUGCAUUUUACAAUCCUCUUGCUAGCUACAGAGCACUGAUUGGUGCAUUUUUACAGAGCACUGAUUGGUGCAUUUUACAAUCCUCUUGCUAGCUACAGAGCACUGAUUGGUGCGUUUUUACAGAGCACUGAUUGGUGCAUUUUACAAUCCUCUUGCUAGCUACAGAGCGCUGAUUGGUGCAUUUUACAAUCCUCUUGUAAGACAGAAAAGUUCUCCAAGUCCCCACUCGACCCGGGAAGUCCAGCUAGGUUCACCUCUCAUUUUCUUCAGAGAAGGGUGCCUUGCUUUCCUUCUAAAUCAGGCCUUCCUACUGUCUCUCAGAGGGGUGUGUGUGUGUGUGUAUCUGUCUGUCUCUCUAGACCACAAGCUCCAUAAAGACCCAGACUGGGAAUGGGAGCAGUGGCUCAUACCUGUAAUCCCAGCACUUUGGGAGGCUGAGGCGGGAGACUGUUUGAGUCCAGGAGUUGGAGACCAAUGGUGAAGCCCAUCUCUACAAAAAAAAAAAAAAAAAAAAAAAAAAAAAAAAAAAAAAAUUAGCUGGGAGUGGUGGCUUUCACGUCUACUCCCAGCUACUCAGGGAGCUGAGGUGGGAGGAUCACUUGAGCCUGGGAGGUUGAGGCUGCAGUGAGCCGCGAUCCUGCCACUGGACUCCAGCCUGGGUGACAGAGCAAGGUUCUGUCUCAAAAAACAAAACAAAACAAAACAAAAACAUAAAGACCUGGACUAGGUCUGUUUUGUCUACUUCAUGCAUUUCCUGGCUCAUAUUUGUCAAAUGAAUGAAUGAACGAAUGAAUGCUUCUUAAGAUCCGGGUCCUGGGCCUCAAAGUGGAGGCAGAUCUUCUCGUCUGUUUUUCUAUUUUCUUUUCUUUUUUUUCUUCUUUUCUCUUUUAAUUAUUAUUAUUUUUUUAUCAGGCAGCUUCCAGAGCCAGAGUAUGCUCAGAGAGAUGGCCUCUCCUUGUCUGUUUACUGAAUGUGUUUCCAGCUUGCAGAGUGUUACUUUCAAUUCUGCAAAGAGGAGGUGGGGAGGGCAGCAUGCACUAAGAUGUUCCUCCCCUCAUCCCACUACCCCCAGGAAACAGAUGGUAAAAUGCUUAAGACACUGCUGCUUCCCUCAGCAUCCUUGGUGCCCCACCCCCCAGCCCCAGACUUGGCUCCUUCUCUCCUAAGGCUGAAAUGCAAUCAGCCCAGAUGGGCUCUGGCAGUCAACUCUAUCCUUCUAACUCUGGGCACCAAGCUGGGUGGGAUGAAAGUCUGUAUUUAGUGAGCUAUUUUCCUUCUUCUUCCCGCAAACUUCCCAGCCUUCCUCAGUCCUCUUAAACUUGUGUUCACAUUCCUUUUUUAAUACUCCAAGUGCCAUUUCUCAGGCUGUAGCUUAACUCAUUCUACAUCAGUCUGACAGCAACACAUUCCUCCUGUGUGCAGGGUUCUGGACCAGGCAGGGAGUGAUUGGGCUGGCGGGGGAGGUCAUAUGCUGGUUAACAAGAUAUGAAUCCCACCCUGGUACUCACAGUUGAUGGGAGGAAACAGACUUGCCCGUCUAUAAGCCCAGUGUAGGGAGAAGCCCCAUGUGGCUGGAGAACCAAGUCAGGGCUGGGGAAGCAGGUGGCUUUUAUGGCAGGGCAGCUAAUGGGUCUCAGGCAUUCUCCUUUCUGAGAAGGUGAAAGGCACUCAAGGAGGAAUUGCAGAAGCAAAGGCACCAUCAGAAAGAGCCAGGCAUGUGUAGGCAGGAACCAGUAGAUACAGAGCCUGGGAGAUAAACCUGUGAAGGCAGGUGGGGGCUGUUCGUGGAAGCUCUUGAAGGUCAAGUAGAGACUGAUCUGAAUCCAGUGAGCAAUAGGGAGCCAUUGAAGAUCUAUGAGCUGGGGGAGUUACAGACCCUGAGCUGUGCUUUAGGAAGGUUAAUAGGGGCCAUGGAGAGGAUGCCUUGGGAAAGGAGAGGUAGAUGCAGGGAGACCAGUUAGAAAGUUGUUACCUUAAUGGAGGGUUGUUACCUUAGUGGAGGCUGCAGGAAGGCAGUACAGUGGGGUGGAAGGAGCUGGCUCCCUGGUGUGUUGGCUGGAUCUCCUGCUAACCAUUCCUGCAGCCUGAGGGCACGUUGCCUUUUGGACUUCUCCUUUUGUUAUCUGAUUUUUUGUUUUUUUCCCCCCAGCUUAAGCAAAGAAAGAAAUUCACAAGCAACAGCAGGAAACUCCGCCUUCCAUUCCCUCCUCAGGCCUGGCCUCCUGGUUCUCUGUUGGCCCACGUACUCCUCUGCCAGGUAUCUGGGGCCUCUCUGCAGGGUCUCCAGCCGGAGGAUCUCUCUUCAUGUUCCAUCCUUGUCUUCAGGCGCCCACUUUUGGGGAUCAGGAAGCUGUGCCUGGGCAGUAGGUUUGUCCGUGAAUUGUAGGAGUACUGAUUUAUCCUAGAAGUUGCCAAGCAUCAAGGGGAGACCCUGCCCUUCCCCAGGGGAAUGCAAUUUGAGUGGGCCCACAAGACCCACGCUAGUGAACCAACUGCACAUCUGUGGAGGGUUGGAAUAUUCUCCCAGCUCAGAGAGGAUCGGUGAGCCCUGUCUGUACUACACAGCUGGUAGGUACAGAAAGUGGGUCGCCUGGGGUUUUGCUUCAGUCUAGUGCCCUAGACAUGGCACUCAGAGGAGGGAGAGCUGGGAUCCGGUUCCGCGCGCAGUGCUGAGUCUCCCCUGAUUUGCGGUAGUGGAGCAGUCCACCCGGAGAACUCUGGAGUUUUCGCAGGGCGAGGGGGAGGGCUGGAGCCUGGAACCCCCAUAUUCCUUGCACCUCUCGGGCCCGGGACAGGCAGCCCUUAGUCACUGGGGUGUCCAUAGUGCCCACGAAGGGCCAGCGUCCCAGAGGGUUCCCAGGUCAGGUUGGUGACGUGUGGGGCUUCCCUAACUUCAUAGGCAAAAUCUGCCAGACCCUCCCGGGGGAGCGGAGCUCCGAGUACCAGGGCCGACUCCGCUCCUGAGGCCGCUGAGCCCUCCUGCACCUGUCCGGCCCGGGAAGUGCCAUGGGACAGCUGAUCGCCAAGUUAAUGAGCAUCUUCGGGAACCAGGAGCACACGGUCAUCAUCGUGGGACUGGACAAUGAAGGAAAGACCACCAUUCUCUACCGGUUCUUGAUCAAUGAGGUGGUCCAUAUGUGUCCCACCAUUGGCAGCAACGUGGAGGAGAUCAUUCUGCCGAAGACCCACUUCUUCAUGUGGGACAUAGUGAGACCUGAGGCUCUGAGCUUUAUCUGGAACACAUACUACUCCAACACUGAGUUUAUCAUCCUUGUGACUGACAGCACGGACCGGGAUCGGCUGCUGACCACUCGGGAGGAGCUAUAUAAAAUGCUGGCCCAUGAGGCUCUACGGGAUGCUUCAGUCCUGAUAUUUGCCAAUAAGCAGGACGUGAAGGACUCCAUGAGGAUGGUGGAGAUCUCCCAUUUCCUUACUCUCAGCACCAUCAAAGACCACUCGUGGCAUAUACAAGGCUGCUGUGCCCUCACCAGGGAAGGGUUAGUGGCUGCCCUACCUGGAUCUCUAGGGCCUGGCUGAACCAAUGGAUGACUGACCAUCAGAACCCUUCUCCUGCCUCUCUCCUAUGAGAAUCUGGUUCACAGUUGGCUCCUGGGCCAAGCCAAUUGGGCAUCUCCCCACAGGUGAGAUGUGGUGGGUAAGCCACGAGCAGACAGCAUCCCUGCUCUCAGGGGCUUGUUCUAGUGGAGAAAGAGGUAGCACUCCGCCUAAAUGCAAUAAUCUCUCUCUCUCUUUUUUUUUUUGAGACAGAGUUUUGCUCUUGUUGCCCAGGCUGGAGUGCAAUGGCAUGACCUCAGCUCACUGUAACCUCCGCCUCCCACGUUCAAGCGAUUCUCCUGCCUCAGCCUCCGGAGUAGCUGGGAUUACAGGUGCCCGCCACCACGCCUGGCUAAUUUUUAUAUUUUUAGUAAAGAUGGGGUUUCGCCACGUUGGCCAGGCUGGUCUUGAACUCCUGACCGCAGAUGAUCCACCGGCCUCGGCCUUCCAAAGUGUUGGGAUUACAGGCAUGAGCCACUGCACCUGGCCGCAAUAAUCUUAGGUGCUGAGAAGUGAUGUGAAGAAUCCCACUGGUUACCAGAAAUGGAGGGGAGAAGGAUAGGUCUGAUUUAGUUCUGGUGGUCAGGGCUGGCCUCUCUUAAGAGGUGACUUUUGAGCUGAGACCUGAGUGAAGAGUAGGAGACAGCCACAGGGAGACCUGGGGAACAAGCCUUCCAGGCAGAAAUCAUUGACUCACUCUGACUUCAGUUUCUUAUCUGUAAGGAAGAGGAUCAUUAUACCUCCUAGAGUUUCUGUAGAGUAAAUGACACCAUUCAGUACACAAAUCUUUCUUGAGCACCUCCUUUGUGCCAGGUACUGUUCUAGGCACUGGAGAAACAGCAGCGAGCAAAACAGACAAAAAUCCUUGCCCUCAUGGAGCUUACUUUCCGGUAGGGGAGGCAGAUGAUAAACAAGAAAAAUAUAUAGUCAGUUAGAAAAUGAUGGCGGGGCGCGGUGGCUCAUGCCUGUAAUCCCAGCACUUUGGGAGGCCAAGGCGGGCAGAUCACCCGAGGUCGGGAGUUCGAGACCAGCCUGACCAACAUGGAGAAACCCCGUCUCUACUAAAAAUACAAAAAUUAGCCUGGUGUGGUGGCAGAUGCCUGUAAUCCCAGGUACUUGGGAGGGUGAGGCAGGAGAAGCGCUUGAACCCAGGAGGCGGAGGUUGCGGUGAGUCAAGAUCAUACCAUUGCACUCCAGCCUGGGCAACAAGAGCGAAGCACCAUCUCAAAAAAAAAAAAAAAAAAAAAAAAGAAAAAGAAAAUGGUAAACGGCUUGAGCCCAGGAGUUUGAGAAAAGCCUUGGCAACAGAGCGAGACUCUGUCUUUACCAAAAAAAAAAAAAAAAAAAAAAAAAAAAAAACGCUGGAUGUGGUGGCACACACCUGUAUUCCUAACUGCUCAUGAGGUUGAGGCAGGAAAAUCACUUGAGCCCAGGAGUUCCAGGCUGCACUGAGCUCUGACCAUGUUGCUGCACUCCAGUCUGGUUAACAUAGCAAGAUCCUGUCUCAAAAAAAAAAAAAAAAAAAAAAAAACAAAAACAAGUGAUAAAUGAUAAGGUGAAUAAAGAGUAAGAAACAGAGAUUGGGCCAGCAUGGUGGUUCAUGCCUGUAGUUCUAGCUACUGGAGAGUCUGAGGCAGGAGGAUGGCUUGGGGCCAGGAGUUGGAGUCCAGCCUGGGCAACAUAUCCAGACCCCCAUUUCCAAAAGCAAAAACAAAGAAAAGAAAAGGGAGAGUGGAAGUGUGUGCAGGGAAUGUUGCAAUUUUAGGUAAGUUAUCUGACAAGGGACACUAAGCAGGUAGAUAUUGAGUAAUCACCUGGAGGAUUUUAAGGAGCUGGGCCACGUAGAAAGGGCCUUACAUCAGGCCUGGAAAAUUUCCCUUUCCUCUUACCUGUCAAGUGGAAUCAUGGCAGGCUGGGCACACAGGUAUCUUUUUUUUUUUUUGAGGCAGGGUCUCCCUCUGUCACCCCCCAGGCUGGAGUACAGUUGUGCAAACAUGGCUUACUGCAGCUUCAACCUCUUGGGCUCAAGCGAUCCUCCCACCUCAGCCUCCCUAGUAGCUGGGACUACAGGCGCACACCACCAUGCCCUGCUAAUUUUUGUAUUUUUGUAGAGACACGGUUUUGCCACGUUGCCCAUGGCUGGUGUCAAACACCUGAGCUCAAACGAUCUUCCUGCCUCGGCCUCCCAAAGUGAGGAUUACAUGAGUGAGCUACCACGCCUGGCGCAGAUGUGUUUUUUGAAGAAGGGGAGACUUCAGUGCCAGACCAAGGCUGAGGAUGAUACAGAGAUGACCAAGACUCCACCCAUGCGCCGGAGUUGCUUACAAUCUAAUGGGGUAACUUGCGUAGGGAACCUCUUUCUGGCACAGAUCACCGUGAAGAAUCCUUGCCCAGAGACACAGCUAAGGGGCCCACCAAGGCUGCCUGCCAGACUCCAGUGGAUGGAAUCUCAGGCCGCUGCUAACUGAUGUUCCAGUCUGAGGUCAACCAGAAACUUUGGGGUUUUGCAUGGUCAACAUGAGUGGAAAAUCAAGUGGCUAUUUAUUACUUUUCUAUGGUUCUCUAGUGGGAGCAGUGGCUGCUAUGGACAGUGAGAUUGACACCAUUCUCCCAACCCGUUGCUGAGAAGCUGGACUGCAUACCUUGGAUUCCUGCAGACAGCACAGCAGAAGAAGCUGCUCCUCUCUCCAUGGCCGCAGGCAUCCUUCUUGGAGACGUCAGGGAAAUGCUGGAUAUGUUGCAGAUUUAGGGAGUGGAACUCUCUCCCUCUCCUCAGCCCUCAGUCUCUCCGUAGGAAUAAUGUGUGUGUGUGUUGGGGGGGGCAGAUUAAGAGACCCCUGAGGCUGGGCGCGGUGGCUUACGCCUAUAAUCCAGCACUUUGGGAGGCUGAGGCAGGAGGAUCACUUGAGGUCAGGAGUUGGAGACCAGCAUGGCUAACACGGUGAAACCCUGUCUCUACUAAAAAUAUAAAAAUUAGCUUGGUGGUGGUGCACGCCUGUAGUCCCAGCUACUCGGGUGGCUGAGGCAGAAGAAUUGCUUGAACCCGGGAGGUGGAGAUUGCGGUGAGCCGAGAUUGUGCCAUUGCACUCCAGCCUGGGUGACAGAGCGAGACACCGUCUCAAACAAAACAAAGCAAAACACAAAAAUUAGCCGGACGUGGUGGCGGGCGUCUGUAAUCCUAGCUACUCGGGAGGCUGAGACAGGAGAAUCCUUUGAACCUGGGAGGCGGAAGUUGCAGUGAGUUGAGAUCGGGCCACUGUACUCCAGCCUGGGCGACAGAGAGAGACUCCGACUCAAAAAAAAAAAAAAAAAAAAAAAAGACCCCUGGAAUUGCUCUUCAUUUCCUCAAACCUCCUUCCACCCUCAGGCUUUUUAGCCCCUCAGCCAUUUUUGUCCCAUUCCCUUUGGGCAAAGGAGAUUCUAGCAAGGUGAAGAAGGUGGGCUCAAGGGGAGGAGGGCAGAGGCAAAAACUGGAAGGGGAAAUGGAGGAGGACAGGACGUCCCAGAUAGGGACAGCCCUUUGCACUGCAGGGAUUCCACUUCUCCUCGUCUUCCCAUUCCCUCUGAGAUGCUGACUCUGACCACAGCUCUUGGACUUUAAGCCACCCCACAGCAUCCCCUUUACUUCUAGUGUCCUUCCAAUGUGAAUCCCACUCCUCCCAAAUAUACCAGAUUCCUAAAGGGGCUGCUUGUUUGUCUUUGUGUAAUGAUUUUGUUGUUGUUGUUAUUGUUGUUGGAGUCUCGCUCUGCCGCCCAGGCUGGAAUGCAGUAGUGGCGCGAUCUCGGCUCACUGCAACCUCCGCUUCCCGGGUUCAAGCGAUUGUCCUGCCCCAGCCUCUCGAGUAGCUGGGACUAUAAGCGCGCACCACCACGCCCUGCUAAUUUUUUUGUAUUUUUAGUAGAGAUGGGGUUUCACCAUGUUGGCCAGGAUGGUCUCGAUCUCCUGACCUCGUGAUACGCCCGCCUCGGCCUCCCAAAGUGCUGGGAUUACAGGCGCGAGCCACCGCGCCCGGCCAGGAUUUUAAAAAAAUACUGUAUUAGGAUUUUUAUAAGGCUGUAGUAAAUGCUAUUGAAAAAUGCUUACCUCUUAUUUCAGCCUUCUCCUCUGUCUGUUCCUCAAACUGGCUUUUGGUUUGAGAGAAGGGGAGGAGCGACCCUGGGGUUGGAAAAACCCAGGAGACAAGAUGGAGAUCCAGUCUGUUCAUCUGUACAUCCCUGGACCUGGGGCGGUCCUGGGGACAGUCCUUUUCUCAAGCCGGUCAGUGGACAUUUGGGGGAGAGUCUAGGCACGGAUAUAGAGGACCCAAUAUUCCUUUUUUUUUGAGACAGAGUCUCGCUCUGUCGCCCAGGCUGGAGUGCAGUGGCGCGAUCUCGGCUCACUGCAAGCUCCGCCUCCAGGGUUCACGCCAUUCUCCUGCCUCAGCCUCCCGAGUAGCUGGGACUACAGGCGCCCGCCACCACACCCGGCUAAUUUUUGUAUUUUUAGUAGAGACGGUGUUUCACUAUGUUAGCCAGGAGGUCUCGAUGUCCUGACCUUGUGAUCCACCCGCCUCGGCCUCCCAAAGUGCUGGGAUUACAGGCGGGAGCCACCGCGCUCGGCCCAAGAUUCCUUAAUCUAGUUGGUUUUCCGAAAGCGUGGCUAUGAAGGAAGAACUCAGGAGUUCUAGCCAUUCCCAUUGUAUUUUGUGUUUUUUUCAGUGGGUAUCCCGACGCAACCCUCAGAUUAAAACUUUAAGGGAAAAUGAAGACCACACCCCUAUUCCAUAGAAAUUAACUCUAAUUACACCGUGGUGGCGUGGCGGGGGUAUAGCUCAGUGGUAGAGCAUUUGACUGCAGAUCAAGAGGUCCCCGGUUCAAAUCCGGGUGCCCCCUCUACGCUCCGGAGUUACCUCGUUUUGUUGGUCUCCGGAGGUCCUCUAAAGAGUUCCCGCACAGAUGGAAUGGGAGGGAGUCUCGAGCCCUGCCACCCUUUUUGCUUUCGCAGGCGAGUGAGGAUGGAGUCCUGGCCCCUGCCAGUGGCUCAGCCUUUGUGUGUACCCAGGGUAGAAUGCAAUGCGAGUGAGGGCGAGGAGCUCCGGGCUGACCCUUGGAACACGGUACGGGUGGCUCAACCUCGCAAUGGCAGGGCGGAGGCGAGCGCACCCCCAGGUCAGCCUGGCUCUUUCAUGGCGGGAAGGAGGCUGAGUUUCUAAGGGCUGGGCUGGGGAAGACAGGUCGGGAGAAGCCGCGUGAGCAUGUGGGAGGGAGAAAGAAGCUCCGAGACGUGGCAAGGGGUCUUCUGCAGGGCAGGAGAGUGGGACGCCCCCGAAGUGAAAUAUUUCGAGAGACUUCUCCUUCCACACCCCAGGAAUAUAUUUUCUUACACUGCCAGUGGGGAUCUUCAGCUCAGAGCUUCAGGGAACAACCCCUGCUUCCAAGUCACGAUGAGGGCCCAGGCUCUGGAUGGGCUGCCAAAGGGACCGUGCGGGGCUGGAACCGGAGAGCCCGAGAGAGCCCUGGG